GCUCCGGUCUGAGCAGUCGGAUGGAGCGCCCUGCCCUGUUUGUUGGCGACGCUGAGGAAGGGGAGGCAACCCUCAAAGAAUCCGAGGUCCGGCGGCGCAUGAAACAGGGGGUCCCCCCCGAGUCGGCUGAAGAGUACCUCCUUAGAGUCAGGAUCGAAUCGAGCGAUCUACCUGCGGUGGUAGAGGCCCACGUACCCGACGUGCUCAAGAAGAAACAGACUGUUUACAUGCCGUCGACUGAGCCCGUGCCGGCGUGUCCGGAGUACUUGCUGCCGAGCGAGGAGUGGGAGCGGGAGGUGCUGUCCACCUUCGUCGACCUGCGGCAGUACAUGCGGCGUUGGAAGGCGACGGCGGCGGUAAGUUCGGCGGAAAGACAACCCGUGCCGGCGCUGAAGGACAGCACCGGCUGGCACAUCUUCUGCCUCGGGUACGCGGAUCAGGAGGAGGACGAGGAUGAGGAGGUGGUGGAAUCAGAGGCGGGGUCCACGUUUGCGAGCGGAUCGGCCCUGUUGUUGCCUACCUCGGAGCACAUCGACACGCAGCAGCAGCAGCAGCAGCAGCCCAUCCCCCCCCAGGCCUCCGUCACCGCCACCACUUCCGCAGCAGCCGUGAGCGGCGGCGGCGGCUCGAGGGAUCCCCGUAGGGACGAUGACGCCCAGAGCACGUACUGCACGGCACCAGUCGAGAGCAGCGCCAUGUUCGACAUGUUCUCGGCCACUCUCGGGAAAGCAACCGCAGAGGAGGACGGGGAACAGGGACGGGACGGCAAACCUCGAUCCCCCUCCUCGGCGACAACGGCAACGGCGGCACUAACAGCGGUAUCCGCAUCCACGACGGCUUCGGGUGGCGCGCAGACUGGACAAGCGGAGAGGCGCACCGGGAGGGAGUGGCUGCGGACGCAUCCCCACGGAACCCCCCCUACGAUGCGACUAGCCAUGCAGUUCGAUCAGGUUUUGACGCAAAAGGUCCUGGCCUUUCACGCUGAUUGGCUACGGGACCACCUGCUCUCGAGAGCAAGAGCCGUGUGGAUCUACACCCUGCUGGCGUGCCUCGAGAAACCCUUAGGAAGCGAGACGGCGGCGUUGGUGAGGGAGAUACUCCGGAGAUGUUGCUCUCAACGGGCAGAAGUGGAGUCGCCGCUAGACGACAACUUGCCCGCGCUCAACAUCAUCGCGGCCAUCACUGGAAGAUUUUUCCAGCAGGCGGAAGUGGCAUGAUAAUAGACCUAUGCCAAGCCGCAAAAUCCACGAACCGGAACGGGAGUGAAAAACGCGGUGGAACUACGAACCGACAAGCAGACCAACGCUAGGUGGGUUACGCCGCCUGGUGAUGCAACACCGUCAAGAGCAGUACCAACACCAGUAAAAUCUUGUGUCUGCUCUUGUGUGUGCUAUGGUCCCAUUUGACGUCGGCUCGUGUGGGUGUGUUUUUCGACGCACCGGUCGGAGUUCACGCGAGAUAGGAGGCCACACGGACAGGAUGUUUGAAACGUUCAUUUCCAGCUGGGCUACUUGAGUGACAUGCGGGUCAUCCGCCAUCGCUUGGGCGGUUGGUAGCGAGUAGCAAGCAGCAUGUGUUCCGAAUCCAACGACUGUGGGUAGGCAUGGUCUCGUGUGUGCAGCAUUUAACUAGUGCUUUUUGACCAACAUUGGAAGUCGUGUGCACCAUUCAACAGGGCGCAAGCAGCGAAUAUCUUCGAAAAAGUACUGCUGUACAAGUACCUGUAUCAUCUUUGUUGGAGGAAUCGAGUGCACGCACCAUUUCAGCAGGGUGCAAGCAGCGAGUUCCUCCACAAUGCCUGUUUCAUUUUUCGCGAGUCGGUAAGAGAGUGUUCGAUGACGUUGGACGCGGUCGAUGAAUCCUAGAGGGUAGGAUAAGGUAGUAAAUGUGUUGUGGUAGCCCGUAGGGUGAUCACGACAUUUGCAGGCUUUUUUUGCCUGGUGUUUUGUCCAGUGUACCCCUAGAUGGAUCAGGAUCUUUUUCCAAGCAAGUUCGCAAGAACCGAUGAUACGUCUGCCAAGCGUUGUGGCUUAGAAUAGAAGCCUCUCAAAGCUCGAUGCGUAUCUGAUGUACCGCCGGAAAUGGUAUUUCCGAUCCGAGCUAAUUUGUUGUAGAUGUUUCCUUAUAUAUCUAUCAAUCAAAGGGGAAGAGUCAAGUGACCUCUCUUUCAUUUUUUCCUGUACGCGUGUGGUAGCCAUAAUAAAUAGCAGCCACGGGAACUCUUCCUGUUUGGCCUUUUAGAGACUACAGCAGUAGGGAGAACAGGGAGAAGAGGAGAUAGUGGUGGCGCAUGAUACUGCCGUUGCUGGCAAGACGUGAAGGCAGGUAGGUGUGGUCUGGGCCGUUUAGUUGCUCCUCUUCCAUUCGAGGCAACGAUUUUGUCUUGGCUUCGCCUAGCCUUAUCUCGUUCGGCACGGGGUAGCAACAGGGGACGAGGCGCGGGCAGAUACAAAUCUCCUUGAUAAUGAAAACAUAAAUAAAAUUGUCUCAUUCGGCGUUGUUGGGCAGAGCAGC